UGAUGAGUCCUGGGGCCCUUCAUUUAAUCGGAGAGCAAAGCAGCGGAGAAACUUCAUUCUCACUUCUCAGUGGGGACCAGAGGAGUUACCGUGUGCAGGCACUGGGCACUCUCUGCUCCUCUGCGCACGCUGAGCAGACGCAGAGCCUCCCGCACCAUGAGCAGUGUUCGCCGCCACCUCGGAUUCCUGCUCCUGGCUGAAGUGGUGCUGUGUGCUGCUGCCACACAGUUUCGAGAUGUGCUGAGCUACGGAAGAACUUCUCCUGUCACAUCCUACAAGAAGCUACAAGGCUGGUCUAGUGAUCAAAAUAACUGGAAUGAAAAUCUUUAUCCUAUCUGGGAAGAAGGAGAUCCCAGAUGGAAGGACAGCUGGAAAGGUGGAAGGGUGACAGCCAAAUUGGAGACUGAUAGCCCAGCACUGGUAGGAUCCAACGUGACCUUUGUUGUGACUCUCCAUUUUCCCAAGUGCCAGAAAGAAGAUAACAAUGGCAACAUAAUAUAUGAGAGAAACUGUACCCAGGAUCCUCCAGCCUCUGAAGAUCAGCAGCUCUAUGUCUACAACUGGACUGACUGGAUUGACAACUGUGGCUGGGAAAACUGCACAAGUAACCACAGCCAUAAUGUAUUCCCAGAUGGGAGACCUUUCCCUCAUUAUCCUGGCUGGAGAAGAAGGAACUUUGUCUAUGUGUUUCACACCUUUGGUCAGUACCACCAAACAACUGGACGAUCCUCAACAACGUUUUCGGUCAACACAGUAAAUAUCACUCUCGGCCAACAUGUGAUGGCAGUAUCCAUUUACAGGAGAGGGCACUCAACAUAUGUGCCAAUAGCAAGAGCAAGUGCCACUUAUGUUGUAACAGACAAAAUUCCAAUAUUUGUGAGUCUGUUCCAAAAGCAUGACCGCAACAUCUCAGACUCCAUUUUUAUCAAAGACUCACCAAUCACAUUUGACGUGAAGAUCCACGAUCCCAGCUACUAUCUUAAUAAUUCUGCCAUCACCUACAAGUGGAACUUUGGAGAUGGAAGUGGCUUAUUUUUAGUCAGCGGUUCCACUACAACUCACACCUAUACUCUACAAGGAAACUUCACUCUGAAUUUAACUAUCCAAGCCAUUAUACCCGUACCUUGCAGUCCAGUAACACCCACUGUACCACUGCCCACCUCUGCAGUAACGGCUGGAGCAUCUUCUAAUUCAGACUCUUCUACCACUCUUGAGUCAAUGGAAGAUAAUCCUGAUGGAGGUUGCCAUAUUUACAGAUACGGUUACUACAGAACUGGUAUCUCUGUUGUAGAGGGAAUCCUUGAGGUAAAUAUUAUUCAGAUGACGAGCAUUCAGAGAACAGAAAGUCAAGCUGAAAACUCACUGGUUGACUUUGUUGUUACUUGCCAAGGGAGUCUCCCCACAGAUGUCUGCACAGUAGUUUCUGACCCCACGUGUCAAGUGUCCAAGAGUAUGGUAUGCGACCCUGUCAUCAUCACUGAUGAAUGCUUACUCACCAUUAGGAGAGCUUUUGAGGAACCUGGAACAUACUGUAUAAACAUCACCCUGGGAGAUGACACAAGUCAAGCCCUUGCUAGUGCACUGAUUUCAGUUAAUGAAGGAUCAUCAUCAGGAACAACAGAAGGUGUCUUUAUCUUCCUUGGUUUGUUUGCAGUGUUUGCCACCAUUGGGGCUUUCGUCCUUUACAAGAGAUACAAGCAAUACAAGCCUAUUGAGAGAAGUGCAGGACAAGCAGAGAACCAGGAGGGACUAGCUGCUUACCUCAGCAAUUUCAAAGCUAUUUUCUUCCAUAGUAGCACUGAGAGAAAUCCUUUGCUGAAAAGCAAACCAGGCAUCGUUUAAACAUGCAGUCUAACACUGACCUUUAGAUUACCUACAGAACUUAUAUCUGAAUUGUACUUUCAUUGGGUUUUCUUGUUAUAAAAAGCAGGGGGUAAGCUGAAAGUACAUAGAGAUGGGAUGAUAACUUUCUGGGGCUUGGUGCAAUUAGAAAUAUUAAAAUAGUCCUUCAUAGGAAACAAUGACAUAGUUUUGAGAGCUUGCUGUCCUUGCUUGUGAGCUAGGAUACACUAUUCUGAAUAACCAACUCCCCUCCACCUUAUCUGUUUUCUUACUUAUAGGUUACUUCUAAAACUAAUCAGAUCCGUAAACUGGAAGGGGGGGAAGGUUGUUUUUUUUUUAAUUUUUUUUAACUAACUUGUAAAUACUAUGUCUUUAUAAAUAGAUAGUUCAGUAUAGCUGCUCACUGCCUUAGCAGGAUUCAUGCCUUUGCUAGAAAGAAAAAAACAGGGGGCAGGCACAUGUUACAUCUGUGGAAUGAAACGUGCCAUGGCAUAUUCCCAGGCACUGGGACCAAACUGCUGACACUGUUACACUGCUCAGGAGGUCCUAGCACAGUCCGUCCCCAGGACAGCUAGCUCCCCACCAAGCAAACCCCACGUUCUGAGAACCACCAGAGGCACUGCUCCCCACCCGGAGCCUGGCAGCAGCCACCCUGUUUUGUAGUGGUCAAUAGCAUGGAUACAACAUGAAGUACCAGUUGGCCUCAGGGCGAUAAAAACAGGGCUGGACACAUUUAGUUUCGUGCUGGACAUGGCUACCAGUGCACGAGUCUCACUACACACCAGACCACAGACAACCAACAAGACUGAUGAGGUCCAUCUGUUGGCUCUCUAGUUAAAAAUUCUACUCUGAGUCCCAUGUAAAAACCUUAGAUACAAUUGCUGAUGCUGUCUUUGUCUCCUUUGUUUCUGCUGGUCUUGAGACACUAGAGUGGUACCACUGCUCCCCAGAGGGUAGAUAAGUACUUCAUGGACCCUCAGCAAAAUGAGGGUUGUAGCAUUUGGCUCCAUUCUUCCCUUCUCUUUCCACUCUGCUCUCUCCUGUGGUAAAAGAGACAGUAAUUUGUGCUUGCUUCUCCAUCCCUCUGUUUUUGACCACUUAACCAAUAUAUGAACCCCCCAAUCUAAAUAAAGCACUUAUGCUCCAGUAUCUGGCUUUGCAUGAUGCAGCUUAGUGUAACCUUCUGCAAGAAAACUGACCAAAAAAUGCUUUAAAUGGUUCAUUUUCCAUAAAAGUCUUCCUGCUAAUAUUGAAGUUUAUAAUAAAAAUGAAAUUAACUUUCAGCUAGGAGCUGGGCAAAUGACUUUAUGCAACCCAUUUCCAAGCACUGAGUUCUUUGAAAAUCUAUAUAGCUAGCUUGUUUACCACGCCUCCAAACAUCUCUGAUACAUACAGUUCACAGUUCCUGGUGCGAAAUAUAAGCAUAAACACAUUUUCCUGGUUUCUUAGCAGACCUGUCAAAUGCUUAUCAUUCACAAGCUGAAUGUAGACUUCACUACCACUUCUCCAGUGUGCAUGGACAUUGUCACAUCACUUGAGGAUAUAAAAAAAUGCAGAUUGUGACAUACCUAGGAGAUUAGUUCUUUAGUUACAAAAUUCAACAGCCUCUUGUUUUCUUUUGCUUUCAAGUUGUCCAGUAGUUUUAAUUAUUUUGUGGCCACUUCAGUCAUAUUAUUAAAAGCACCGUAUUUGCCAUUGUUCCAGCUUCCUUAUAUUUAACAUCCUACUAUCUAACCAUAAGAGGACACCUAAAACUAUGCACUGAUUUAUACAGAAAACACAUUUCCUGCAAAAAUUACCACCUGAAUGUUAUGUGUGUCCUCUGUAAGACUGCUGGCAGAAAGAACUGUAAUUCAUAUUUGUUGCUCUGGCUUGAGGCAGCUUAAGUCAAAGGCUUAAGUUGACCUGUAAUGCAGCAUGAAAAAAUAAGGUCUGUCACAGCUAUAAUGCUUAGGAUCAGCGAUGACGCAAGCUACCACUGACCUAGACUAUAUGCAGAAAGCAUCCUGUUUCAGCGAAAACUGCAUGUUAGGAGCUCAGAGACAUCUUAAGCUUUUACAUACAAACCAGUUUUUAGGCAUACUUUAAGAACUUUUUUAUCCUUUAACCUAAGUAUACAGAAGAGCUUGCACUAUCUUCCAUUUAAUAUCAUGUCAGAAUAUCGAUUUUUUUCUAAUGUGAUUAUACCUUUUCAGCUGUAAUUUCCAUUUCAUACAUCUUUAAUUUUACACAAUGGAAUCUAACUGCUACAUUGACAAAUAAACUAUCUAAUGACUUUGAA